AAAAAAUUGCUCGAAGAAAAAUAAAAAUUUAGUUGUUGGGAUCAAAAAAGGUGAAAUAAAGUAGGAAAACUAAAUGAAAACAUGAAAUAAUGUUUUCUUAAUAUUGACUAAGUGAGAAACAAUAGAAGAAUGGCAAAUUUAAUCCAAAAUAACUCGAAAUUAAUUGAACAGCAAAAAAAUCAAAUUUCACAAACAGACGAGAUUACUCCAAAUCAAAAACCUCAGAAUGAGGAUGUAAAUCGCAAUCCUAAAACUGUAAGAAUAAUUAAGGACUCAUCAGGAUUUGGAUUCAAUGUACGAGGGCAAAUUUCCGCUGGUGGACAAUUAAAGUCAAUAAACGGAGAGCUUUAUGCUCCACUUCAACAUGUUUCAGCCAUUCUUGAGAACGGUGCCGCGGAACGAGCAGGAAUCAGGAAAGGUGAUAGAAUACUUGAAGUAAAUGGAGUGAAUGUGGAAGGAGCGACUCAUAAGCAAGUCGUAGAUCUGAUAAAAUCAGGCGGUGACUGUUUGACAUUGACAGUAAUUUCUGUGACAGCCCAAGAAGCGGAUCGUUUGGAGCCAUCAGAAGAUUCUGGGUAUUCAUACAUAGACUAUUCGGAAAAACGUUCAUUACCAAUAAGCAUUCCUGACUAUAAUAUAGUGACGAGAAAUGGGGAGAAGUAUGUUGUUUAUUCAAUUCACAUGGCAGGACGACAGUUGUGUUCGCGACGAUAUCGAGAAUUUUCGAAUCUACAUGCGAUCCUAAAGAAGGAAUUUGUUGGAUUUAAUUUCCCAAAAUUACCUGGAAAAUGGCCAUUUCAGCUUAGCGAGCAGCAAUUGGAUUCACGACGUCGAGGUCUUGAACAGUAUCUUGAGAAAGUUUGUGCUGUCCGCGUAAUAGCUGAGAGUGAAGCAGUACAAGAAUUUUUAACUGACUCUGAGGAUGAUUUAUCGGCGAGUGUCGAUAUAAAAAUAAUGUUACCCGAUCAUGAGAUAGUUACUGUAUCUGUACGUAAAGCUGCAAAUGCUCAACAAGUGUGGGAUCAUUUAGUUCAGAAAGCUAAUUUUACGUCCUAUACACAACAGUAUUUCUAUUUAUUUGAAAUUGUCGAAUAUUCAUUUGAGAGAAAAUUACAACCCCACGAAAUACCCCAUCAAUUAUAUGUGAAUAAUUAUAGUACUAGCAGUUCAACAUGUUUAUGCGUACGUCGAUGGCUUUUCUCCAUAAAGCGUGAGCUUGAAUUGCCAUUUGGUGAGCAGGCAUCAAAAUUUAUAUUUUUUCAAACAAUAGACGAUGUAAAUCGUGGCAAUAUUCGAGCUGAUUUAAGAUUGUAUGAAUUAAAAGCGUUACAGGAAGGAAAGCAAUCCGAAUAUUUAACAUUAGCACGAACUCUGCCGGGAUAUGGUGAUAUUGUAUUCCCUCAUUGUGCAUGUGAUAGUCGAAAAGAAGGACAUGUUGUAGCUGCAAUUGGCAUCAAUAGUUUUAGAUUACACGCAUGUCGAGAAGAUGGUACACGUGAGUCACAAACUGUUGAUCUUCAAUGGGAUACAAUAAUGCGUUACGAGAGUGAUGAGGAGUCUAUGUGCUUCUGCUUUCAAUACAGUCGAUCAAAUCAAAAACCUCCACGUUGGGUUAAAGUUUUUACACCAUACCAUGCAUUCAUGGCUGAUUGUUUUGAUAGAAUAAUGGAGGAGCGUAAGUGGGACGAUAAUGAGUAACAAAAUUAAAAAACUUGAAAUGAACGCUGAUGAUCUUAAUUAAUUACGUGAUCCCAAGGAAAAAUUUUGUCUGGUUUUGUUCAUUCAUGACAUGAUAUUAAUUAUCAAUAAUAUCGUUAAAAAAAAGAAACUGAUUCAGCAAUUUGAAAUUUGACGAAAUUUUUCAAAGGAAUUCUUUCUGGCAAUGAGAAACAA